AUGCCCUUGAACAUUCCAGGGAUUCUUGCUCCGUUUCAGCUGCUCAGGAAUCCUCGACUUGUCAUUCCACAUCUCACAACAGAUAUUCGCCAAAUUGACUUCUUGGCGCUUCGAAAUGCAGGCUAUAGAGGAGCAGUCUUUGAUAAAGACAAUUGCUUGGUUGGUCACAAGAUUUUCGCCGUCUCUAAUUGCCUGAACACGCAGCAGACGAUUCCGUAUAAAGAUUCCCUUGUGCCAGAGCUCGAGAACGCCUGGAGAGAAUGUCGUGAGACAUUCGGGGAAGGAAACGUGCUCAUCGUCAGCAACUCCGCUGGCACCAAGUUCGAUGCAGGAGGAAUCCAGGCAGAAUCGGUGUCAUAUUGCCUCUCUGUCCCGGUUCUCCGACACAACACUCUUAAGCCUGGUUAUUCCUGCAUCGCUUCAAUUCGUGCCUACUUUUUGUCCCUUCCUGUUCCGGUCCGCGAUGAUGAAUUGGUUGUGGUCGGAGACCGUAUAUUUACGGAUGUGAUCAUGGCAAACAGAAUGCGCUCUCGCGCCGCCUCGUUGCCUUUUUCGAGUGACGCGCCCGCUCGUGCGAGGAUUGGCGGUCCUCUCGCUAUCUUGACGGACGGCGUCUGGCAAAAAGAAAGCAUGACGAUGCGUUGGGUCGAAAGGCGCGUAGUGGACACGGUUCGAAAGUGGGCGAGAAACGAGGAAAACUUAUCCGUGGAUACUAAUGUGUUUGUGAGGGAACUCCCUUCCCCGGAACCUCGCAAGAAUGGAAGCGCACUCACGAAAUUGUUGGACAUGAUGAAACGGAGAUAG